AAAUGUAAUAAAAACAGAAAAAAAAGAAAAAAACAAUAGCUUCGUUAGCACCGAAGCUUACCGUUUUGUAUGGUAGCUAUAUACUAUAUUGUUCUGAUCUACACAAUUUGUUUGGAUAUUGUAGCGUCGCCUUGGAUAAUAAUUAAUGCCAAAUUUUGUAAAGAAAUAUUUUCAGAUAAAAAGGAAUUUGAUUCCGAUUGUUCAGUUUGUAUGCCUGUUUUACGUUAUUGUGGUCUGAUAUCUGCGGUUUCAACAAAAGAGCAGCUUCUUGCGGAGAAAAAUAAAUACCUAUGCAAAAUUUCAGAGAGAUUUCUCAAAAACUGAUGGACUAGUUCGAGAGGAACAUGACAAAAUCAACUCAGCUCAUCACGCUCAUCAAUUAUAUAUGUAUGUACAUAUGUAUGCAGUGCUUUACGAAUCAAACAAGGUGCCGGUUGCGUGACAUAACCUGUAUUCUAAGGACCCCCUACCAUGAAAAUUAAACAAAAAAAUAAAAAAAUAAAAAAAUUAGUGGCACAUUAACCGUACUUCUUCAAUUUUCAUUACCAAAGUUUUUGCCUUCACAAGCCACUGCAUCGGUCUUAAUGUCGCGACGGCUCUUCAACAUGAAAAGAUUGAUGACUACUCAUGGCGAUACAUAGUAUGUGUGCAUACAACUAGAAUUGAUGAGGAGCAAAUAAGUUGAAUUUACGCUGUUGGCGGUUAGAUGCUACCGAAGCAACUGGACAAUCAUCACAUAGUUUCAACAAUCCAUCUAUGACAGAUGAAGUAGACAAAUCGAACGGUUUCACUUCAACAAAACAAUCCCCAUGGAAUAGCUUUGCUAAAUUUAGACACGUGAACAAAUUGAUGGAUAGCAAAUCCCCGAUGAGACAUAUAUCCCACGAAAUUCUGAGACUAACAAGUUGUACUACAACAAGAUUAAUUGCAACGAAACCCAGUUCGGAGAUGCCGGUGAUUAAGUGCCAUAAAUGAAAUGGUACGAGCAACAAAUGAGAUGACCGAGAAACUAACAAAAAUUCUUGAAGGUGAAGAAAACAUAAUACGAACUUGAUAAAAAAAAAGUCAAAUUGCACAAGAACACACUAAAUAAAGCGGCGAGCCAGACUAAAUUGAUUGAGAUGUGAGGCUUCCUCAUUAUACUAUGAAAAUAAGCGCGCAAACUGUGUAAACGCCACAAUUAUGAUUAAUGACAAACAGAUUAGGCGCAACUAAUUCAGACGAUAAAACGAAAAUUAAGCGAAACAAAAGCGGAGAAAAACGUAAACGAGAAAAUUAUCAGCAACCACUUGGGCUUAGUGUGGAGCGCGCGCAUGAAGCAUGAAUCGACACAAAGUCACAGAAGCCACAAAGCAAUUGCGAGCAAAAUCCCGGGAGUAAGCGGGAGAUAAAUGGAUUUACGGAAUUUGCCGCGUCAACUGAAAGCGCGGGCGUUGAAAGCACUAAAGCCUGCGCGCCACAUAUACUUCCACGCAAAACACGAGCAAAAGCUGCUGGCAGACUAAGGCGACGUUGCACGCUUUGGUCUUAAAACAAAAAAACAAAAAAUAAUUUGGUAAUUAACUAGUCAAGUUAGAGUUAGCACGUAAAAAGUUUAAUUUGAGUUUUAAGCGAGUUUUCCUAAAAUUUUCCACAAUCCAUUUCUUUCUAAUUUUCGCCUACUCGUACUCACACUCACUCAUACAAAAAUUUUCAUUUGAAUACUCAUACAACCCUAUUUAUAUUUUAUAUGGCUUCAUACAUGCAGUCGGACGUCCAACAACUACAACAACAACACAAUUGCGAAACAAAUACACCUACAAAACAUAAAUACAACACAUGCACGCUGCCAAAGCGCUUUGCGCUUAGCCGUCACCCAAACAAAACCACCACAAAUAAUAGCAACAACAGCAACAUACGCAAUAAAUUGUUACUACGCGCGCAGCCCAGCCCGCGAGCACUGCGCCACACGCUACAUGCCACCGUCCUUCUACUGCUCACACUACCGCUUAGCAAUUGGCUAGCGCAGGCUUCAGCUGCCGCCACUGUCACCGCUACACAAGUGCGCCACCGCACGCUGCCCAACAGCAAGCCCACAAAUCCAGCGUUGAGCGUCGGCGCCGGCAUUGCGUACAACGCGCCUGCCGCAGCGCCAUCAGUGAGCGUUAGCGCUGAUGAGUUCAAUAGCAGCGCAUUUAGUACGAACUUAAUUUCAAUAGCCGAUGUUAUCAGUCUCACGUCAACGUUGUCGAACGUUAGCGGCAGUGGCGCGCUGAACGGCAGCAAUCAAAAUGCAAACAGUAUUAAUGCGAGUUAUGCGGGCGCUGGUAGCGGUAGCGGAGGCGGUGCAAGCGCCGCACUCAUCACAACCAGCAGCAUUUGGGAUCCCAUGGUUGGCGCACACCCCACCGACGUUAGCGCCGCCGCAACAUCACCGUCGGAGCAGGGAUCGAACGAAGACGAGUUCGGCGGCGAAAUUGAGCUGCCGCCAUGGCAAGCGAUUAUUGUCAGCAUUGUGCUGUUGCUCAUCAUUAUCGGCACUGUAAUUGGCAAUGUGCUGGUCUGCAUUGCCGUCUGCAUGGUGCGUAAGCUGCGGCGCCCCUGCAACUAUCUGCUCGUCUCGCUGGCGCUUUCUGAUCUGUGUGUCGCGCUGCUGGUGAUGCCGAUGGCUAUGCUAUAUGAGGUGUUGGACAAGUGGAAUUUUGGUCCCAUACUGUGCGACAUAUGGGUGUCGUUUGAUGUACUCUGCUGCACUGCCUCCAUAUUGAAUUUGUGCGCCAUCUCGGUGGAUCGCUACCUGGCCAUCACCAAACCGCUAGAGUAUGGCGUCAAGCGUACACCGCGUCGCAUGAUGGCCUGCGUUGCGCUGGUAUGGUUGGUGGCGGCAAGUAUUUCGCUGCCGCCACUGCUCAUACUGGGCAACGAGCAUGUGGACGAGCACGGCACACCCAUCUGUAUUGUCUGUCAGAAUUUUGCAUAUCAAAUUUAUGCAACACUCGGUUCCUUUUACAUACCGCUCUCUGUGAUGCUCUUUGUGUACUAUCAAAUAUUCCGCGCCGCCAGGCGUAUAGUGCUCGAGGAGAAGCGCGCACAAACACAUUUGCAGCAUGCGCUCAACGGCACCGGCUCACCGCCCGGUAAUACAGACUUAACUGUGAUGGGUAGCGGCAAUGGACAGCGCCACAGCAGCUAUGGCAACACCUCGCUCACAUACUCCACUUGCGGCGGUCUGAGUGCGCAUCACACUAGCGGCAGUGGCGGCGCUGUGAGUGGCACUAGCGGCCUGCUCGGUUCACCGCAUCAAAAGAAGCUGCGUUUCCAAUUAGCCAAAGAGAAGAAAGCUUCCACUACGUUGGGCAUAAUUAUGUCGGCGUUCACCAUUUGCUGGCUUCCAUUCUUUAUACUCGCACUGAUACGUCCCUUUGUCGAAUCGGAAACGGUGCAUGUGCCGCCCUCGCUCGCUUCACUCUUCCUCUGGUUGGGCUAUGCCAACUCAUUGCUCAAUCCCAUCAUUUAUGCCACACUGAAUAGGGAUUUCCGCAAACCCUUCCAGGAGAUACUCUAUUUCCGUUGCUCGAGUCUCAAUACAAUGAUGCGUGAAAACUACUACCAGGAUCAGUAUGGCGAGCCGCCGUCACAGCGUGUGAUGUUGGGCGAUGAACGGCAUGGCGCGCGGGAGAGUUUCCUCUGAAAUUAGGCUGUCUAAGCGCGGCAUGUGUGUGGGCAAGUGUAAGCGUGUGGCGUAGGUAGGCGUGUAGCCACUAGACUCUACUAUUUUGACUAAUUUAAGACUAAGUAUGUUUUUUGUUUUUCGUGUGUGUGCGUGUGUCUGUGUAUUUGUAGGUGUAUUUGUAUUCUCAGUGUUUCAAAGCGUUUUAAAGCAAUUGCAAGCGUUUCAAAGUGACAACUCAAAUGUAACAUAAAUGAGGCAUAUACUUUAUUGUAUAAAUUAACAAAAACAUUAUAAAAAAUUAACAACAGCAAAAACAAAAACGCUGAAAAAUUCAAAAAUAAAUGUAGCCAUAAAGAAGUAAGCGGGAGUGGUGGGACUAGUGUACUAGUUAGAGCGCAAAAAGUUACUAAAAGUAGUCACAAUACAAAUGUGUAAAUAUAUAUGUACAAUUAUAGAUGUGUUUAAGCAGCUGCUCUAUAUUGAACUGAAGUAAACUAAAUUAGCGUACACUUAAGCUCACCUACUACUAGGUACUAAUGUUGUAAAAAAUGCAAAUAAAGUUAAUAAAAAUGUAUGUGUGUAUAUGAAAAACAAAAGUGACACUGCAAGUGCAACUACAAUUAUCUGUGGGUAAUUCUAAUGAAUGUUAGUCAAUAAGUACUAAUUCCUAGUUUUAAGACAACAAAACCAACUUACUAACUUGUGUUUAUACUUUUUCGUAACUGUCAAGUGCUGGAUACAUAAAUACAAUCAAAAGAAACUGAAAUUUGAAAAUGUAGUACAAGUCAUCAGAUACAUUCAAUUACAUACAACUACAUGCAUACAUACAUAUAUAACGGGUGAUUUUUUUGAGGUUAGGAUUUUCAUGCAUUAGUAUUUGACAGAUCACGUGGGAUUUCAGACAUGGUGUCAAAGAGAAAGAUGCUCAGUAUGCUUUGACAUUUCAUCAUGAAUAGACUUACUAACGAGCAACGCUUGCAAAUCAUUGAAUUUUAUUACCAAAAUCAGUGUUCGGUUCGAAAUGUGUUUAUCGACAAAUUUUGUUCAGCGAUGAGGCUCAUUUCUGGUUGAAUUUCUACGUAAAUAAGCAAAAUUGCCGCAUUUGGGGUGAAGAGCAACCAGAAGCCGUUCAAGAACUGCCCAUGCAUCCCGAAAAAUGCACUGUUUGGUGUGGUUUGUACGCUGGUGGAAUCAUUGGACCGUAUUUUUUCAAAGAUGCUGUUGGACGCAACGUUACGGUGAAUGGCGAUCGCUAUCGUUCGAUGCUAACAAACUUUUUGUUGCCAAAAAUGGAAGAACUGAACUUGGUUGACAUGUGGUUUCAACAAGAUGGCGCUACAUGCCACACAGCUCGCGAUUCUAUGGCCAUUUUGAGGGAAAACUUCGGACAACAAUUCAUCUCAAGAAAUGGACCCGUAAGUUGGCCACCAAGAUCAUGCGAUUUAACGCCUUUAGACUAUUUUUUGUGGGGCUACGUCAAGUCUAAAGUCUACAGAAAUAAGCCAGCAACUAUUCCAGCUUUGGAAGACAACAUUUCCGAAGAAAUUCGGGCUAUUCCGGCCGAAAUGCUCGAAAAAGUUGCCCAAAAUUGGACUUUCCGAAUGGACCACCUAAGACGCAGCCGCGGUCAACAUUUAAAUGAAAUUAUCUUUAAAAAGUAAAUGUCAUGAACCAAUCUAACGUUUCAAAUAAAGAACCGAUGAGAUUUUGCAAAUUUUAUGCGUUUUUUUUUUAAAAAAAGUUAUCAAGCUCUUAAAAAAUCACCCUUUACAUACUAAUACAGAACUUUGCAACUGCGAAGUAAAAAGGCAAAAAACAUAACACUUUGAAGCAACGGAAUUACGACUGCAACAAUUUUGUUUGAAAUUUUUAUUCUUCUUCUUUCUUGCCAUUAACACGACUCUCUCAAUUCUCAACAAGGCAUUGCUAAUCUCAAUCUUGCAAUAUAACGUUUGCAAAUUAGUUCAAUAAUUGGGGAACAAAUCAGAAUAUUUUUUGUUUGAGCCAGCGAAAAUUUUAAAAUUCCGAAUAAAAUAUUUGCUCUUAUCGCAUUGCUACUGUAAUUUACUAUCAAAAAGCUUACAAAGUAUGUAAUAUUCCGAAAUCUGAUGCGAUUCUAACCUAGUGAUAUGUUGAGGCAGUAAGGUGAUUUCAGAAAUAGAGCAAAUCUCUUGAAAGAAACAUUUUUAGUUACUUUAAGCUCAGAGUUCUCCCCAUAAAAGCUAAAGAAAAGAGGAGUCUAUCUAUCUCCUUCUCUGUCUAUUACUCUCACUCACUCUCUUUUUUCACUUUGGAUGUGGUUCUC